AUGGCGGAAAAGAAGGGCAAGCAAUCGAACUUCUUACAAGACUUCUUACUAGGAGGUGUCUCAGCAGCAGUUUCCAAGACAGCAGUGGCCCCAAUUGAAAGAGUCAAGCUCCUUUUACAGCUCCAGGCUUCCAGCAAACAAAUCAAGCCUGAAGAUCAGUACAAAGGAAUCGUGGAUUGCUUCAAAAGAGUCUACCAAGAGCAAGGAUUUGCUAGCUAUUGGAGAGGAAAUCUUGCCAACGUCAUCAGAUAUUUCCCAACUCAGGCACUCAAUUUCGCCUUCAAAGACACCUUCAGAAGAUGGUUUUACUAUGAUAUAGGCAUAUCCCUAAGAUAGCCCGAUAAGAGAUUAAAACUUUCCACUUAGUUCUGCCAAAAUGAAUUUCGAACCAAGUGGAAAGUGGUAAAUAAGCCUCCUUCCACUUGGUUCGACCAAUUCAUUUUGGCAGAACUAAGUGGAAAGUUUUAAUCUCUAUCCCUACCCUUAUCGGUAUAUCUUAGGGAUAUGCCUAUAGGAAAAAGAGUUUCUGGCUGUUCUUCGGAGGAAACAUGGCAGCUGGUGGUCUCGCUGGAGCUGCCUCACUGCUGUUUGUCUACCCUCUUGAUUUCGCAAGAACCAGGCUUGCUACUGAUGUAGGAAAAGGGACUAACAGAGAAUUCUCAGGACUUAACGACUGUAUUUUCAAGAUCUUAAAGCACGACGGCCCUAUCGGUCUGUAUAGAGGAUUCGGAAUUUCUGUGGUAGGAAUCAUUAUUUACCGUGCUUUGUACUUCGGAAUGUUUGACUCUGGAAAAGACAUUCUGUUCAAAGACUUCAAGAAUGCCAAUAUUUUCUUAGUUUGGGCAUUUGCUCAAGCAGUCACAGUUAGCUCUGGCAUUGCUUCAUACCCACUAGAUACAGUCAGAAGACGUAUGAUGAUGCAGAGUGGAAGAAAAGGAGCGGAUAUCCAAUACAAAGGAACUAUGGACUGCUUCAUAAAGAUAUUUGCCAAUGAAGGUGGGCUCUUGCCUUUCUUCAAAGGUGCUGGAAGCAAUGUUAUCAGAGGAACUGGAGGAGCUCUUGUGCUUGUCUUUUACAACAAAAUCCAAGCUUAUCUCGGCAUUGAAGGUGGUGCUGGUGGAGAAUAA